UGUCCGACGGUGCCGUGAAGGCAGCACCGCGCCUGGCAGACGCCGCGCAGGGGUUAAACCGCCUAAGAGGAUGAAUGGCAUCUGAUUACAGCGGAGACACACGGAGGGGGAAGGCACCGAGCUCUCGAUCUCGUUUUAUCCGUUUUACAUCUUUUAAAACCCGCGGAUAAAAGUUGACUUCUGCACCGGAGGAGGGAGCGGGAGAGCCCGGAAGAGAAGAGCGAGGCCGACCUCUCUGCGGCAGUAGACGGCUUCUGUCGGGGGUGAACGGCCGAGCAGGGGGAGGAGGAGGAGCGGGGGAUGUCUGCGGAGAGAACUGGCAACAUGUCGCAGUUCGUGGAGGCUUGAAUAGAAAACCAGCAGGACUGUUCCACCGACUGGAGUUCUCACGUUCUUUAUGAAGACGAAGCAAGUGUGAACAUCGGAGGAGGAAGAGGAGGAAGAAGAGGAGGAAGAAGAGGAGGAAGAGGAGGAAGAGGAAGGGUCGUGCCUCCAGGUCGGAGAGAAGCAGGCCGGCGGAAGCAGAGGCUGCGUCUUCUGCUCGGACGUGCGUCCGUCUCUGUUCUUGUCUCCUGAGGAGUCGUUUUCCGUAGCCGCCACCAUUCCGUGCUGUAAGGCCGACAUGUCUUCCAAUGGAGACCUCAGCGACCUGGGGAGCUCUGACAGCUUCUGGGAGCCGGGGAACUACAAGAGGACGGUGAAGCGGAUCGACGACGGCCACCGGCUGUGCAACGAGCUGGUCAGCUGCUUCCAGGAGCGGGCGAAGAUCGAGAAGAGCUACGCACUGCAGCUGAGCGACUGGGCCAAGAGGUGGAGGGGCGUCGUGGAGAAAGGGCCUCAGUACGGGACGCUGGAGAAGGCGUGGCACGCCUUCAUGCAGGCGGCCGACCGCCUCAGCGAGCUGCACCUGGAGCUGCGGCAGCGUCUGGCGGCCGAGGACAGCGAGAGGGUGCGCGACUGGCAGAAGGACGCCUUCCACAAGCAGAUGAUGGGCGGCUUCCGGGAGACCAAGGACACAGACGACGGCUUCCGCAAGGCCCAGAAGCCCUGGGUCCGCAAACUGAAGGAGGUGGACUCCACUAAGAAGAGCUACCACCAGGCCAGGAAGGAUGAGUGGACCGCGGCCACCAGGGAAACGCACGCCAAGGCCGACCCGACCAAGUCUCAGGAGGAAGUCCGCAAGUACACGACCCGAGCGGAGCGCUGCAGCCAGGAGGCCGAGAAAGCGAAGGAGGGCUACCAGAAGGCCCUGGAGGAGCUGAACCGCUGCAACCCUCGCUACAUGGAGGACAUGGAGCAGGUGUUCGACCUCACGCAGGAGGCCGAGCGCAAGAGGCUGCGCUUCUUCAAGGACGUCCUGCUGGACAUCCACACGCACCUCGACCUGUCGGCCAAAGAGGGGUUCAGGGUUCUGUACCAGGAUCUGGGUCAAACCAUCCGGGCAGCCAACGACACCGAGGAUCUCAGAUGGUGGAGGAACACGCACGGGCCGGGCAUGAGCAUGAACUGGCCACAGUUUGAGGAGUGGUCUCCGGAGGCGAGUCGCUCCAUCAGCAGGAAGGAGCGAGGUGGACAGUCCGAGGAGAACGUGGUCACGCUCACCAACAUCGUGUCCUCGGGCGGAGACGCCGUCCCGCCGAGUCCCAUCACGCUGGACACCGGCAGGACGAAAGAUUACUCAUCGGACUGGAGCGACGAGGAAAGUCCUAAGAAGGUGCUGGCGGAGAACGGCGUGGGGGAGGACGAGGAGGACGAGGAGGAGGAGGAGGAGCAGGUAGAGGGGGUGCGAGUCCGAGCGCUCUAUGAUUACAUGGGCCAGGAGGCCGAUGAGCUCAGCUUUAAAGCAGGCGAGGAGCUGCUGAAGCUCGGCGAGGAGGACGAGCAGGGCUGGUGUAAAGGGCGGCUGAGCGGCGGCAAGGUCGGCCUCUACCCCGCCAACUACGUCCAGGCCGUCGCGUCCUGAUGUCCCGCCCCCGCCCUCUUUUUCUGGCCCGUCGGCCAAUGGUACAACUGCACGCACGAUGCCAGGACCAAUCAGAACACGUAGACGUGCCCUCUGUGGUAACUUGACUGUAAAACUCAUCAGAGUUCCCUUUUUCUUUUCUUUGAGCUUCGCUUUUGAAAAUCGGUCGGCGGGAAAAGUCCUUGACUUCGCCGUUUGACAGAAGAUUGAAGAGCGAAGAGAAAAACAUCUCCGCCGGUCUGAAAGCACGAACCCGACCGAAGAGAAACACGGACGCAGGUUCUGUGAGGUCACCCAUCGAUAUCUGACGAGUUCUGGAUUUGUUUUCUUUUUCCCCCGCUCGCUGCCGUCAUUUAUUCAUCAGUUGCUGAAAUCCACAUCUAGUGCGGCGGAGCCGAGCGAAGAGCGACGACACAACUUUCUUCUCUUUUCAAAGAGAAAUGCUUAUUCACUUUCUUUUCCAGGCGCGGUGAGAGAACCGACGCCGCUCGUGGCUCGAGACGGUCAGCCCGGCUCUCAACCUGCCGACCUGAACCUCGGAGGCUUUUCAACAACUGACGUGUAAAACAAAAGGAUGAAGUCGGUACGAGAGCGGCAUCGAUUUUCACAGCUGACUCUCGACAGGAAAGUGAAAAAUAAAACAUAUUUCAUGUUUAAACUUUAGUAUUUUCAUCGUUAAAUCAACUGAUCGGCAGAAGUGAAAUAACAUUUUUGUGGAGUUAAAAAAAAAACAACAAUUAGAAGUUCAGACUUUUUCGGUAGAUUUCAAAUUGGUCUUUGACUUUUCUUGGAUCUGGGAUUUUAUUUUUUAUUUUUUUCAUCGCCUCCUCUUCAUCGCGUCGCCGCCCUGCUGUCCAACCGAGGAACUGCAUCCGUGUGCCCGACGACGACGCCACGCCCCCUUUGGCUUGACGACGACAUGUUUAUUUUAUUUUAUAGAUUUCAUUUUUCCUUUUGGGUGUCACACUGAACUCACUUCCUUUCUUUCCUUCGUCGAUCAUCUCUUCAUGCGAUAGCCGUACGUUACUAUCACGUCGGACGAUGACUGAUUAUUAUUAUUAUUUUUUUUUUCAAGAAUAGCAUUUUUCCAGUCAAAUGAGAGACGUUCUAAUUUGUUUUCCUCUUUACUUUAGCUCUGUUUUAACUGGACCCACUGAAUCGGGGAGAGAGAAGUGACUGGUAGAUGUGUGGACGGUGGUUUGUUGCUCAAGCUCCAACCUCAGAUGUGUAAAAUAAGUGAAAAUGGUUUUGGGGUUUUUGCAUGUUCAUGUUCAUGUUCAUGUUCAUGUUCACGUUCAUGUUCAUGUUCAUGUUCACGUUCAUGUUCAUGUUCAUGUUCACGUUCAUGUUCAUGUUCAUGUUCACGUUCAUGUUCACGUUCAUGUUCAUGUUCUUGUUUGUGUGUGAGCCUCCUCUGCUCCGCUGAUUAUGAGUAUUUCUAUGUAGGCGUCCAAAAUAAUAAGAAAAAGAUAAUAGAGAAAUUAAUUUACGCUGCUGUUCCUUUUUGAUGCUUUUGCUUCUUUCUUUUUUUCUUCUCCAAAAAUCCUGUACAGAUUAUAAAGCGGGAAAGCGACAAUAAAGAGCUUUCUACACCCGGAA